UUGCCAACAAGAGGAAAAUUGAAACAUAUCUCAACAAGGAAAAAGUCUUUGGUUGUUUCAGUUGUAAAAUGUGAUCAUAUCGAGCCGCCACCCAAUGCGGUUCUCCUGUCGCCACCACGAACGGAUUAUCAUCGUGGCGAUGUUCUGCUUUUCGGUUGCCUUCCGAAUCACAUGUUGACUGGUGGUGACUUCGUGGUUUGUCAAGCAAAUGGCGCAGCGUUCUGCCGACAUCCGGGUGUACCUGUGCAUGGUGCGUCAACGUCACCUCCUAAGGACUACUAUCUUGUAGGCGAGAAGAUCGUCUUUUACUGCCCAUCGCACGAAUAUAAGCUAAACGCCGAAAACGUUCUGACGUGUAUAGGAGCUGGCAAGUGGUCUCGAAGGGUACCGCAAUGCGUACUUGGCAGAAGAAGCUGA